AUGGCCUACGACUACCGCAGUUCCGACCCGCCGCUACCCCCUCACGGAGCUUACCUCGAGUCUUCAGACCAUCCGUCAUCAACCUCAUCCUACUCGGCCCCUCCACCCCGACGUACCUCGCGCUCGUCGUCGGCGGAUGGCUCGCAGAGCUCUCAGCAGGGCCAGCCGGUGUACGAGGCCGUCAACAGCGCCUUCGACAAGUCGAAUGCCGCAAGCCAGCUCGACCGGGAUCUAGUAGCGCAGAUAACGGAAGAGGUGAGGAAGCAGGUCCUCGAUACUUUGAAGUCGUCGGGUCAGCUUUCCUCUUCGCAGAGCAAGCCUCGCGAGAAGAAGGUGGUCCUACCGGAGUCAUCCACCACCUCUGUGGCCGGAUCCUGCCCACCGCGCGUCUACACCCCACCCUCUCCGACCAGGCACGACAGCAUUCACUCAACCAACAGCUCAAAUUCGCCUGAACCACCGGCCCAGGACCCUUACUUCAAGUCUGACGCUAGAGAGCGCGAGGGCCCAACACCGCAGUUUGGUGGAACACGUGCGACGUCAUCGAUUACGUCGGAUCACGGUUCGCAGUACGGCGCGACACAGCACAGCAACACCAGCGCUACUGCCCAAUAUCCGCCGCGUCCCCCGGUCCAGCGACAUUUCACGGACGUCGAGGAGACGGCGAUCGAGAAGACAUGGCGUCCGCUGUUCGAUGCAGAUGGCCAGCCUACUCCGAGGCUGAGCCAGUUCUUACGUGGCCUUGCGCUCCACUUAAUGCAGGAUUACGAGCCAAAGGGGACAUUGGUUGUCACGCCAGCGAAGAUGCGCAAGUUCUAUGAGGAAACCCGGGUUCAGGAUGAAAUCUAUCCGUGGAGCACCAUCUUCGGAACUUUGUCCAAUUCGGCAAUCUCGAAAAUGUACAGAGAUCUCCGCUGCCUCCAUCACUUGGUCCAGGAGAGGGUUGACGAGGUUCCGAACAUUCCGUCGUUGACGCCCUUGGGCUUCGAUACCUGGAUGACGCUCAUGAUCCAGGGACAUCCUGAGAUUGAAUUUGCUCGCCUAGCAAAGGCUGUGAUGCACAUGCCAAUCAGCAAUUCCGAUGACAUCAAGGAGCGCUUCCCCAAGGAGCUUCCCCGGCGACUUUUCCCGAAAUUUGAAAAUCUCCCAGCGCGCCAGCGAUGCGCUGCGGCCAUCUGCUCCAGCGGAAAGAUUACCAUCCGGGCCCCCACUUUCCCACCCCCACCCCCAACACAACCUCCGAUGCAAACGUCUUCCGCUUCUUACCCGAGCUAUCCGGCAGAUACCAGGGAGACAGCGGUAGCAUCAUCAGAUUCUGACAACGAGCCUGUGACGAUCCCAAUUGAGCGGGAGCGUAAGCCGUAUAUUGCGCGCGAAGGCACCGGCAAACUCUACGAACACUUUCCAAACAACCCAAUGAACAGCUCCGCUCCCGUCGUUGGGCUAACCAGCGAAAGCGCACCUCCCGACGCUGGUGCGUCAUCGCGGGUUCCUCGCACCUACUCCAAUGCCUCUUCGAGUGCAAGCGGUACCACUGGUCUCUAUCGGACAAGCAGUCACUCAGAGUACCCGCCUAGUACCACACAAACCAGACAGUACCGCACUGGAUCCCACAUGAAUGGCUCAAGACGGCGUAGCCCGUCGUUCAGUACUCCCAGGAACGAUGGAUAUGGUACCCGCUCGGAGCCCGGAAACGUUGGCGAUAUUCCCACAUCGUAUUACACGAGCAACAUUUACAGCGACCCAGGCGAGGACGACAAUGGAGCGCCGCGUUCUGCAUCGCGAGCGCAAUUCGAUAUGAACAGCCACCGCAACAACUACGUUCCCAACUCUCAGGCAAGACACAACAGCUUGUAUGAUGAGGGAGACUACUAUCGACGUGGCAGUGGAGCAUCUGCUGCAGCAUAUGGUACCGGCGCAUACAGUGGUUACCCUCCGCCUCCGCCAAGGUACACAUGA